GUCGAUUAUAUAAUUGGAAAUAUUUUUUCCGAUUUCCCUUCAGUCAGAGUUCAUUUACCAUGUGAUGGAUACAUAGAGUUUUUUGAACCACGGACAUUACAAAGGUUUAUUAUAACUAUUCCAGUUUUGAUGUGGACAGCAGAAGCAAUUACUAUUCAUAUCGGAUCGGAGACAUUGGUAUUUAUUUUGAUGAUGUAUACAAAAUUAGAACUGAAAAUGAUAAAUUAUAGACUUAUAAUUAUUAAAAAUAAUCUCAAUGGAAAAGAGAGUAAUCAUCAGAUUAAUACUGAGAAGUUACUAUGGGAAGUAAUACAGCGUCAUCAAAGAACUUUAGAAGUUUUAAAUGUUAUGAAAGAUACCCUAGGCCUUCCUCUGGCAAUUCAUUAUACUUCUGUUUCUCUGACCUUAAGUGUUAUUUUUUAUUGUCUUAUGACAUUUGAUGAAAGAGGAAGUUUAACUGCAAAAUUCAAUGGAGUAACUGCAAUAAUUUGUAUUGGUUCUCUUUUGUUUGCUUUGUGCUAUUUUGGAGAAUCAUUAGAAGAAGAGAAUGCUGAAAUAAAUAAGAGGAUAUACGAUUUACCAUGGUAUAAUGAAACCAUAUGUGUUAAAAGAACAGUCAUUAUUAUGUUAAGACAAACACAAAAACCAUUUGUAAUUAAUUAUCGCCUGACAGCUCAAAUAAGCUUGAAAACAUUCAUGCAAGUAAGUUAUAAAAAAAGUGGUUUGAUCUUUAGAAAAUUGAAACAAUUUUUUAUGUCUUUUUGA